AUGGAACCAAAUGGACUUGGUGGUGGAAUGUUUUCUAGCAUCAGUUCUGGAUUGAUAGGGAUAGAAAACCCUUUGCAACAUCAACAGCAAAAUCCUCACCAUUUGCACCAUCCCCAAAUGGUUCCCUAUGCUGCACACCAUGAGAUGGAAACACACAAUCCACAACUCCAUCAAUCAAUCAAACAUGGGUACCCUCUUCCCUUUUCAGCAAAGAACAAGCAACAACAAAGCACCCUCAGUGAUGAAGAUGAGCCAGGGUUCCCAGCAGAUGAAAGCUCUGGGGACCCCAAGAGGAAGAUUUCACCAUGGCAGAGAAUGAAGUGGACAGAUACCAUGGUUAAGCUAUUGAUAAUGGCGGUUUAUUACAUUGGUGAUGAAGGUGGUUCUGAAGGGAAUGAUCCCAUUGGGAAGAAGAAGUCCACAGGUUUGCUGCAGAAGAAAGGGAAGUGGAAAUCUGUGUCAAGGGCUAUGAUGGAAAAGGGGUUCUAUGUGUCUCCACAGCAAUGCGAGGACAAAUUCAAUGACUUGAACAAGAGGUACAAGAGAGUGAAUGAUAUUCUAGGCAAGGGAACAGCUUGCAAGGUGGUGGAAAAUCAGAACUUGUUGGAUACAAUGGACUUGUCCCCAAAGAGGAAAGAGGAAGUUAGGAAGUUACUCAAUUCCAAACACUUGUUCUUCAGAGAAAUGUGUGCUUACCAUAAUAGUUGUGGUCAUGGAGCUUCUACUGUUCCACAGCAAGUAGAGGCUGGAAUAGAGGUAACUCAGGCUCAACCACAACACCAACAACAACAAAGUUGUUUUCAUUCAUCAGAGAACGGGGUGGGGAAUUUUGGUGGGUCAGGGGGAGAGGGUAUGAGGAUGUUGAAAGUGGCAAACUUGGAAGAGGAUAAUGAUAAUGAUGACGAUGAGGAUGAGGAUGAUGAGUCAGAGGACUAUUCUGAUGUGGAUGAAGAUGAAUCAGUAGAAGGUGGUUCAAAGGGUCAAGUUGGACAUGGACAUGGACAUGAAAAUGAUGAUGAGAAUGAUGGAAAGUUAUCUAGGAAGAGGUCAAGGAAAGAAGCAGGGUUAUCUAUGUCAUCAUCAUCUCAUUUAAUGCAACAACUAAGCAAUGAGGUGAAUGGUGUGUUCCAAGAUGGGGGUAGGAGUCCUUGGGAGAAAAAGCAGUGGAUGAGGAACAGGAUACUGCAGUUGGAGGAGAAGCAAAUAAGCUAUCAAACUCAAGCAUUUGAGUUGGAAAAGCAAAGGUUGAAAUGGACAAGGUUUAGUAGCAAGAAGGAGAGGGAAAUGGAGAGAGCCAAACUUGAAAAUGAACGCAGGAGGCUAGAAAAUGAGAGAAUGGUUUUGCUUAUUCGCCAGAAGGAGCUUGAAUUGCUCAAUCUUCAGCACCAACAACAGCAACAUUCUUCCACCUAGACUUAGAAAAGAUGGUUUUACUGGGAUAGAUUGUAUGAUAGAUGAAAUUAUAGUAAGACAG